GCCGCCAUACUGUGGGCUCGGCGCCGCGUCCGAGGAAGGUGCGGUGUGCUGCAGUGUGAGCAUCGCCGCCUGGAGCUGUGAGGGGACCGUGGGCGACUCCGGAAGCCGCGCCAUGGAUCUGGUGUGCUUUGAGGACGUGGCUGUGCACUUCACCCAGGAAGAGUGGGCUUUGCUGGACCCUUCCCAGAAGAGUCUGUACAGAGAUGUGAUGCAGGAGACCUGCAGGAACCUCGCUGCGAUAGGAUGUAUAUGGGAAGAACAGAAUAUUGGAGAUGAUUGCAAAAAUUUUGGAAGAUAUCAAAGGCACAUCACACCUCACUCUGAAUACACUCCAUACGAGCAUGAGGAAUAUGGAAACAAGCCAUAUGAUUCCAGCUCUCUCACAAGUAUUCAAGGAUACAUGGGUGCUCACACUGUGAAUGGACCUUGUCAAUGUGAGGUAUGUUUAAAAUCCUUUGGUUUUCCAAGUACAUUUGGAAUGUAUCACCAAACUCACAGUGGAGAAAACUUCUAUGACUACAAGGAAUGUGCAAAGGCUUCUGUUUAUCAUAGUUCAUUUUACACACAUGGAGGAACUCACACUGUAAGAAAAGGUUAUGAAUGUAACCAGUGUGGUAAAGUUCUGAGUUCUUCCAGUUCCCUUCAAAGGCAUGAGAGAAUUCACACAGGAGAAAGACCCUAUAAAUGUAACCAGUGUGGGAAAGCUCUGAGUUCUUCCACUUCCCUUCAAAGGCAUGAGAGAAUUCACACAGGAGAAAGACCCUAUAAAUGUAACCAGUGUGGGAAAGCCUUUAGAUGCCACAGUGCCCUUCAAUUACAUGAAAGAAUUCAUACUGGUGAAAAACCCUAUGAGUGUCAACAGUGUGGGAAAGCCUUUACAUGUCACAGUUACCUUCGAUUACAUGAAAGGACUCAUACUGGAGAGAAACCCUAUGAAUGUAAGCAGUGUGGAAAAGCCUUCAGAUGUCAAACUUCUUAUCAUAGACAUAAAAUUAUUCAUGGUGGAGAAACAUUCUAUGAAUGUAAACAAUGUAGUAGGCUCUUCAUUUACCCCUCUUUACUUCAAAUGCAUGAAAGAACUCACACUAGUGAAAGACCGUAUAAAUGCAAACAGUGUGGUAAAUCAUUCCUUUACCCCUCUUUACUUCAAAUGCAUGAAAGAACUCAUACUGGUGAAAAGCCCUACAAAUGUAAGCAGUGUGGUACAGCGUUUAGACAUCAUUCUUCCCUCCGACUGCAUGAAAGAACUCAUACAGGAGAAAAGCCCUAUGAAUGUCAACAGUGUGGGAAAGCCUUUACUCGUCACACUUCCCUUCGAUUACAUGAAAUAACUCAUACUGGAGAGAAACCUUAUAAAUGUAAAGAAUGUGGUAAAGCUUUUAGACAUCACUCUUCCCUUCGAUUGCACGGAAGAAUUCAUAGUGGAGAGAAACCCUAUGAAUGCAAACAAUGUGACAAAGCCUUUAUACGUUACAGUUACCUCCGAUUACAUGAAAGAACACACACAGGAGAAAAACCUUAUGAAUGCAAACAAUGUGGAAAAGCCUUCAGCCGUCACAGUUCCUUUCAGAGACAUAAAUCUAUUCAUGCUGUAGAAAACCCCUAUGAAUGUCAGCAGUAUCUAAUUCCUUUAUCUCUGUUUCCUCCAAAUACAUCAGACAACUCAUACUGGUGAAAAACACUAUGAAUGUGAACAGUAUGUUAAAGUGUUUAUCCUUAUUCACUUAAAACACAUGUAAGAACUGACAUGUCACGUGAUAAGCCUUAUCCACAUAAAUGAUAUGGUUUAGACUUUGAAUGCAUGAAGAAAUUCAUGCUGGGCACAGUUUCUACAAAUGUAAGCAAUGUGUAGUAAGUCCUUUGCUGGCCACACUUCUUUCACAGAAAUAAUUCAUGCUGUAGAAAUGCCUUAUGAAUGGAAACAAUAUGCUCAGUCCUUUGUCCCUUUUUGCUUCAAACACAUGAAACAACUUAUAGAAAAUGCUGUGAAUGUCAGCAGUGUGCUGGAGACUUCAGGAGAUUCCUUUGGUAACAUGAAAGACAUCUUACUGGAGGAAAAAAACCCAUGAUAUUUAGAUGUCAUUGCUCCUAUAGAUUCCGUGAAUGAACUACUGGAAACAAUUCUGUGAGUGAAAAUAAAGCUGUGACACCUUCAAGCUCACA